AAUUUUUUCAUUAAAUUAAUAAUUUUUUCAUUAAUUUGACAUAAUUUCAAUUUUGAAAUUUGAUGGAAGAUUGGAAGAUGUGAUAAAAUGAAUGUGUAUGUGUGGAUAAUUUAAUAAUUAAAUUUGUGUAAAUAAAAUCUUAUUGUGAAUGAAUUGUAGAUUAGUGAAAUUGAGUAAAUUUUUGAGAAGUUACGGGAAGGUCAUUGGAAAGCACAAAUAUCAGCCGAUUCUCUCCGUCGAAACACAACUUUACUCCUCACUCAACCAGAAACUGUGUUACGGUGGAUAUUUCGUGGAGGAUUUAGUCCUGAAGAAGGAUUUUUUAGAAGUUUUUUACCUUCUGCUGAACUCACAACUGCCAAAUCCCAGCCAGUUAACACAAUUCACACAUAAAAUUAAUCAAGGAUUUGGGAGUUUCAAUAGUAUUUCACCAUCCGAGACUCUCGGAAAUGUCAUUGAAUGUUUAUUGUAUAAUUUCACGAGGUUGAGGGGCCAGGAGGAGGAUUUUGAGUACGUUUUCGGGCAAUGUCUGGCGAUCCUAACACAGUACAAUAGUCUUAAAAUCGAUCCAGACACUAACAACCCAGUCGAACAUCUCACCAACCAGUUACUCAAUCUUACAAACAUGGAGGAAAGAGUUAAAAAAGUGUUAAAUGCAAUGUUUAUACUUUACAUGGAUCACGGACUUACCAACAGUAGUUAUAGUGGAAGAGUGUGUGUGUCGGAGGGAGGGAGUGUGUAUUCUGCGUUAAUGUGUGCACUGAAUACGCAUACGCAUUUCACUACAAUUAUUAAAUCAUUUGAAUCAUUCACUAAAUUAUCACACGAACAAAUUAAUACAAUUGCCGAACAGUUCCACAGGAAUAAAACUUUGUUAUUCCCCUUCAACUACUUGACACACCACAAUCAAGAUCCCAGAACUUUAAUUCUCAACAGGUUGUUUGUGGAUGACAGGUUGUGUGAGUUGGAAAAAUCAUUUGGGGGUAAAUUAUACUUCAAAUUUGAUCUCUUCUUUCUUAAUCUAUUAUAUAACACUAGUUUACAAAGUGAUAUGGAUGAGGAACACGAUAAAACUGUGUUACGGUGUGAGUUGGAAAGGCUAAUGAGUAUAAUGAUAAUGUGUAGAUUAGCAGGUUGGAUAUCGCAUAUAAAAGAGCAAAAGGUGAUUGGUAGAACAAUACAACAUAUAGCAGCAUAUAUCGGACCAUACCCUAAAUCGCUCUAA